CUCCCCCGACCCGCCCCCCGCUCCCCCCCCCCCCCCCCCCCCUCCCCCCCCCCCCACCCCCCCCCACUUCCCCCCACCCCCCCCCCCUCCCCCCCCCCACCCCCCCCCCUGCCCCCCCCACCCCCCCCCCCCCCACCACCCCCCCCACCCCCCCCGCCCCCCCCCCCUCCCCACCCCAACCCCACCCCCACCCCGCCUCCCCCCCCCCCCUCCCCCCCCACCCCUCCCCACCCUCCCCCCCCCUCCCCCCCCCCCCCCCCCCCCCCCCCCCCCCCCCCCCCCCCCCCCCCCCCCCCCCCCCCCCCCCCCCCACCCCCCCGCCCCCCUCCCCCCCCCCCCCCCCCCCCACCCCCACCCCCGCCCCCACCCCCUCCCCCCUCCCCCCCCUCCCCUGCCCCCCCCCCCCCCCCCCCCCCCCCACCCCCCCCCCCCCCCCCCCCCCCCACCCCUCCCCCCCCACCCCCCCCCUCCAACCACCCCCUCCCCCCCCCCCCCCCCCCCCCCUCCCCCCCCCACCCCCCCCCCCCCCCCCCCGCCCCCCCCCCCGCCCCUUCGCCCCCACUCCCCCCCCCCCCCCACCCUCCACCGCCCCCCGCCCUCCACCGCCCCCCCCCCCCCCUCCCCCCCACCCCCUCCCCCCUCACGUCCCCCCCCCCCCCCCGCCCUCCCCCCUCCCCCCCCCCCCCUCCCCACCCCCCCAACCCCCCCCCCCCCCCCCCCCCAUCUCCCCCCCCCCAAGCCCCCCCCCCCCCCCCCCCCCCCCCACCCCCCCCCUCUCCCCCCUCCCCCCCCCCCCCCCCCCCCCCCCCUCCCCCCCCCCCACCCCCCCCCCCCCCCCCCCCCCCCCCCCCCCCCCACCCCACCCCACCCCCCGUUUCAAACUCCACAGACUCUGGUAAUAGUGGAUUAGUGUUCUAUCCAUUUGAUGAUAAUGAUGAUGACGAAUGA